CAACGAUCCCUGGGCAAGGACGUGUGUGUCCAUAUUGAUGUAUUCGUGUGCCCAGACGACAGAGAACGAUCAUUGCGAGUCCAAGACGACUACGGUAAACAAUUCCGACAAAGCGACACAAUGAAAGUCACGUAAUGUCAGGGUGGAGGUUCCGCUGAAGUAUCCAAAUCCGCCACCAUGUGGAAGACCAUCAGUUUUUUGGUUUGCGUCUCGAUACUAUACAGCAGUACGCUACCGCAAAUACAAGGCUGGACCGGGGAGACAAAGCUGAUGCGUCGACCUGUGUCCGCACGGAGGCGUCGUGCAUGUGUUCCUCCUGGCCAUAACCACCACCACCGCGAUGCGUACUCGCUGUGUUUGACGAAUGCGGCGGACGAGUAUAAUGCCGACGCGUCGGCAUCUAAACGUCGACGGGUACGUGGUCCCAUUCGCCGCGCCGCGAGUCCCAUCGCCGCACAAGCACAAGAGCGGGUGGUAUCUGCACGUGCCCGUCACGAACAGGCCACACAAGAUCCCACGCUAUUGACCACUUACCGCUUUGACGAACGCGCUGAUCUUCAUCCCGGCACGAAACGUGCCGUAACCGAGGUCAUGGGAUUUCAACAAAUGACAGAAAUUCAGUACAAGACAUUCAAUGCAGCUUUGGAAGGCAAGAGUGUGUUAGGACGAGCACGAACCGGAACGGGCAAAACGUUAGCCUUUUUACUACCCGCUAUCGAACGUUUAAUGUUCAUGGAUGUGUCCGUAUACCGAGCUGACCGGAACGUUGGUAUCCUCAUUGUUGCACCAACACGAGAGCUGGCUAUGCAAAUCGGGAGUGAAGCUUCGCGGUUGCUCACGUUCGAAUCCAAAUGGAGUGUUUUGACGCUCUAUGGUGGAACAAAAAUACAGCGCGAUGUUGCCCUUCUUAACAGACAAAUCCCUACCAUUUUGGUGGCUACCCCAGGUAGACUUCUGGAUCACCUGGAAGACACGAGACUCCGUGGACGAAAGUUCAGCGACGUUGUUGGAGAGACGCCAAUUGUGGUCCUGGACGAAACCGAUCGGCUAUUGGAAGGCUUUGCUAAGGAUACGAGACGAAUUCUUUCGUUUCUGCCAAGACCAGAAAAGCGUCAAACGCUACUGUUCUCGGCGACGGUACCCACACGUCUAAAGCGCAUUUUGGACGAGAUCCUACCGGCAGAUUAUGUGGAAGUCGACUGUGUCGGGAACAACGACAGUUCAAAACAAACAAACAAGAGGGUAACGCAAUCGUAUACACUUUUGCCUGCUAUGGACUCAUACGUGUCAUAUUUGGUAUCUAUCACCAAGCAAGCCAUGGAGGAAGAGAAGGAUUACAAAAUCGUUGUGUUCUUUCCUGCAGCACGACUUGUUCGUUUUUUCACCCGUUUUUUCAACGUCGGACUCGGAAUACCGGUAUUGGAGAUGCAUUCCAGAAUGUCCCAGUCGGCACGAACCCGCAUUAAUUCAUCUUUUCGCAACGCAAAGCGAGGAGUUCUGUUUACGAGUGAUGUUUCCGCCCGCGGUGUUGAUUUUCCGGACGUAACUCUCGUCGUGCAGUAUGGUGCCCCAAGCAACAAGGAACUUUACAUACACCGUCUCGGACGCACGGGGCGCGCUGGACGGGAGGGUAAGGGGUUGCUUGUACUGUUGCCGUUUGAAAAGAAGGCCUUGAAAGAGAUUGAUUUACAGCGAUUGAUAUGCGUUAAUAUUGAGGAUCACAAGGAUCUCAUGGACAAAGUUGAUUUCGCCCAGAAUCUGGUUCGCAGCGGACAUCCCUUGUUGACGCCCAAUGCUGAAGCCGCAUAUCUUGCAUUUGUUGCAUACUACAUGACCAGCAAGGGAAUGGGGUCCCGUGAUGACGUGGUGGAUGCGGCGAAAGUUUUUGCACAAAUAAUCGGUCUACCCAAACUUCCUGAUUUGUGGGGAAAAUUGCAGUAG